GCUGUAGGAUUGUGCUCUCCUCAACUCUCACUCACUUCCACUGCACCACACUUCAGCUCGUGUCUGUUCCUCCUUUUCCUUUUCUCCUAAUUUAUACGUCGCCGCACUACAUAUACCCAUCUCACUCACACUGUAUACUUUGUAAGCUGGCAUCCAUUGAAGUGUUUCAUGUCUCUCAAUUUUCACGCAUAUCCCUUUUGAUGCCUGCGCUUCAGUUUUCGUGUCGUCUGCAGCUGAGUUGAUGCUGUAGGUGAGGUGUGUGUUAACUAAGAUGGGUUGGUGGAAACUCUCAUGUUUUGCGACGGUUUUGGUUUGUGUUCUUGCGAUCUGCCGUGGCGGAGAAGCAAGCGUGGAGGUGAGGUAUGACGAACACCAGCCGUUGUCAAGAGUUUCGCUCCACACAGCCAGAGUGAUGCUGGACGAGUCCGUGUCCAUUUCUGCUUCUCCUGAGAUUCUUGGCCGCAAGGGGGAAAGUGCGGAGUAUGUGUUUGUGUCUUUUACGAGGUCGAAAGGGGCCAAUGCAAGUGACUGGAUUGGCGUCUUCUCGCCCGCAAAAUUUAGCUCGAAAGAGUGUCUGAAGGAUUUGAAGAACGGGACCACAAAUCUCAAUAAUCCCCCUUAUCUCUGCUCAUCUCCAAUCAAGUUCAAGUAUGCGAAUUCUGGAUCCAAAGAUUACGUGAAAACUGGGAAGGGUUCCUUAACGUUUCGCCUCAUCAAACAACGCGCAGAUUUCGCAUUCGGUUUCUUCUCCGGCAACCUUUCUGAUCCGGUGCUCCUGGCCGUUUCCAACACAAUCACCUUCGCAGACUUGAAAGCUCCUGUAUGGCCUCGUCUGGCGAUGGGAAAAAAUUGGAAUGAGAUGACAGUGACAUGGACCAGCGGAUAUGGUUUGAAUGAUGCCGUCCCGGUAGUUAUCUGGGGACCUGCAUACAAAAAAGACCAGUUCACGUCAGCUGCAAUCACGUUGACGUUUACCAGGAAAGACAUGUGUGGACCACCAGCAAGUUCAGUGGGAUGGCGAGACCCUGGAUUCAUCCACACAGGAUCCCUGAGUGCACUGUGGCCAAGUACCAAAUAUUACUACAAGGUCGGGCACCAAUUCAUGGACGGUAAUUUCACUUUGGGUCCGGAGAAGAGUUUCACCUCGGCACCUGCACCAGGUCAAGACUCGUUGCAAAGGGUGAUCAUUUACGGUGACAUGGGUAAGGCUGAGCGAGAUGGAUCAAACGAGUACAACAAUUACCAACCAGCAGCACUCAACACUACGGACCAGCUUCUGAAGGACCUUGACGACAUUGACAUCGUGUUUCAUAUUGGUGAUAUAACAUAUGCGAACGGUUACAUUGCCCAAUGGGAUCAGUUCACCGAGCAAAUUGAAGGCAUUACCUCUCGUGUUCCAUACAUGAUCGGAAGUGGGAAUCACGAGCGAGACUGGCCUGGUUCAGGAUCUUUCUUCCAGAACCUCGACUCCGGUGGCGAGUGCGGCGUUCCUGCUGAAACUUACUUCCACAUGCCUACAAGAAACAAGGACAAGUUCUGGUAUGCAGCUGACUGGGGCCAAUUCCACUUUUGUAUCGCCGACACGGAGCAAGACUGGCGAGUGGGGACGGAACAGUACAGGUUCAUAGAGGACUGCUUAGCCUCGGUUAACCGGCAGAAGCAACCAUGGUUAAUCUUUCUAGCCCAUCGGGUGUUGGGAUACUCCUCGGGCUCAUUCUACGCUACUGAAGGCACAUUUGCUGAACCCGAAUCUCGAGAUCAGUUGCAAAAGCUGUGGCAGAAGUAUAAGGUCGAUAUUGCGAUGUACGGCCAUGUGCACCAGUAUGAACGAACAUGCCCUGUCUACGAGAGCCAAUGUGUGAGUUCCGAGAAGGAUUACUACUCCGGCACAUUCAACGCCACGAUUCACAUCGUGACCGGUGGUGGCGGAGCGAGCUUGGCCUCUUUCACCACCCUCAACACGACGUGGAGCACGGUGAAAGACUUCGACUUUGGAUUCACGAAGCUAACCUCGUACAACAGCUCAAGCCUUUUGUUUGAGUACAAAAGAAGUAGAGAUGGCGAAGUCUACGAUAGGUUCUGGAUCGAGAGGGAGUACAUGGACGUGCUGGGGUGCGAUGCAAGUCAGCAAAACUGCCCUGAAAGUCUCUUGGCACACUGAUUUGUAAACACUAAACUCCUUCCAGACUCUGCAUUACUCAGUUCUCCAAGUCCAUAAUCUCUGACACAAUAAUAACGUAGAUCCCAGAAACCCACAUCAAAGCCUGAAGGUGAUUGGUUUGUUAAUACACUUGUUAAAUAGCAGUUGCACUUGUGCCACAUCACAGUACCUUUGUGAGGCUAUGUAGUUUAGUUUCUUCACUGGUGGUCUUACACAACUAUCUACCGAUUGCUUCCUGUCUAAGAUGUCGAGCUGGAUCAACUCAUUGCAUGCUAUAAUUUGCUGUCUCCUUGAAGAUGAUUCGAGGGUCAAAUCAGAUCUGGAAAUUCUUAAAACA